AAGCAAAAGGAAGAUAUAAAAAGAAGUUGGGCCCUUUAUUUUCGGAGAAGGGAAUCCACCACCUCCAUCUCAACUCCCUCUGCUCUCACCAAUGGCUGACGAUAAGAAACCCAGCGUCUCCCCCGUUUGGCCCACCGUCAAGCCCUUUGUUAAUGGCGGUGCCUCCGGUAUGCUCGCCACCUGCGUCAUUCAACCCAUUGAUAUGGUCAAGGUCAGAAUUCAACUUGGUCAAGGAUCCGCUGGCCAUGUCACAAGAACCAUGCUUAAGGAGGAGGGUUUUGGUGCCUUUUACAAGGGGUUAUCUGCUGGAUUGCUCAGACAAGCUACAUAUACUACAGCAAGACUGGGAUCUUUUAAGAUAUUGACAAACAAAGCAAUUGAAGCCAACGAGGGAAAGCCCCUUCCACUAUAUCAGAAGGCCUUAUGUGGGCUCACAGCCGGUGCUAUUGGAGCAUCUGUUGGUAGUCCAGCGGACUUAGCUCUUAUUCGCAUGCAAGCAGAUGCAACUUUACCUGCUGCCCAGCGCCGAAAUUAUAAAAAUGCCUUCCAUGCACUUUAUCGCAUUCUUGCAGAUGAGGGGGUUUUAGCUCUUUGGAAAGGUGCAGGCCCCACUAUUGUAAGAGCAAUGGGAUUGAACAUGGGAAUGCUUGCUUCAUAUGAUCAAAGUGUUGAGUUCUUCAAGGAUAACCUUGGUUUUGGCGAAGCUGCUACGGUGUUGGGUGCCAGUAUGGUAUCAGGAUUCUUUGCUUCAGCGUGUAGUCUACCAUUUGAUUAUGUGAAAACUCAAAUUCAGAAAAUGCAACCCGAUGCUGAGGGAAAAUUUCCCCACUCUGGCUCUUUGGAUUGUGCCAUGAAAACUCUCAAGGCAGGAGGGCCGUUAAAAUUCUACACUGGAUUUCCAGUGUAUUGCGUGAGAAUUGCCCCCCAUGUCAUGAUGACUUGGAUUUUCCUAAACCAGAUUCAAAAGGUAGAAAAAUCAUACGGGUUAUGAAGGACUGACCAAGAUGAUGGAGAUCCUUUCCAAGUUUAUUUCAGGCUUCAACAAUUAUGAUUUUUUUUUCCUUGUGGUUCUUUGACCAUGUUGUAAUCUAACUUUCUUUGAAUACGGAAUUCCACGCUUGAGUUUAAAAGCGUUUUAAUUAUCUUUCUGUGCAAACAUGGUUCAAAGGUGCAAGAUUGAUAGAUAGAAAGAGGGUAUCAAAUUGCUUCUGAAAUUUGAAUGUACCAGAUUCUCACUGGGAAGAAACAUAGAAUACAUACAUAAUAAGCCUUGUAAAGAGUUCUUUAAAGGUUAAACUCUGUCCCAACCACAACAUUCUCGUGGAGGCAUUUGAAUGAUUAGAAAUUAACGUAUGGAGGAUGCUCCUGAUCUGCUAAUGUAAAUAGUUCAUGUUUGCUUUGGCGAUUUGACAAUAAAAUAUUGGUAAGGUGUUUAUUUUCAGGCUAAGACAAUCACAUCAGCAUUUAUAAGAAAGAAUGUAGGUUCAUUAGAGGAAAUAAUGAAAUGGCAGACAAUAUACAAUCAGAAAAGCAAUGCGAAGAAGUUUAAAGGAAGAAGGAAAAAAAAA